AUGGAGUCGACAAUGGACAAAGACGUUGAGAAAACGCCAGAAAUCAUGGCCAAUCCUACCUCGAAUCAUGAUUCAAGCGUGCAGAGCGAGAAAAAGGUCGAGGCAACAGGUGGUGAUGAUGUCCCAGUCACUCAAGCUGUUAAUCCAAUGGACCCAUCGCAGUUUCCUGAAGGAGGACUCAAGGCAUGGACUGUCGUGUUUGGAGCUGCAUGUGGCAUCUUUGUCAGUUUCGGCUGGAUCAAUUGCAUCGGUGUCUUUCAAGAAUACUACGAAACACACCAACUGAAGGAAUACUCAUCGCAGGAAAUCGCUUGGAUUCCGUCCCUUGAGGCAUUUAUGAUGUUCGUCGGCGGCCUCUGGGUCGGCAGAAUAUAUGACAACUAUGGUCCUCGCAUCCUUCUUAUCAUCGGCACAUUCCUGCACGUUUUUGGCCUGAUGAUGGCCUCCAUCUCACACAAAUACUACCAAUUCUUGCUCUGCCAAGGCGUGUGCUCCGCAUUGGGUGCUUCGAUGAUCUUUUACCCAUCCAUGUCCUGCGUCGUCACCUGGUUCUUCCGGCGCCGCUCGCUCGCCCUGGGCAUUGCCGCCACCGGAUCGAGUAUCGGCGGUGUCAUCUUCCCCGUCAUGGUUGAGAAACUGAUACCCGAGGUGGGAUUCGGCUGGACUAUGCGGAUCUGCGCCUUCUUGAUUUUGGGAUUGAUGGUGCUGGGAAAUCUGACCCUCGUCAGUCGCAUUCCACCUAUGGCGAGGCCCGUGAAGCCGAUGGAUUUUGUGAGGCCGUUUCUGGAGGGGAAUUUUGCCUUGCUGGCGUUCGGGAGUUUCUUGACCUUCUUGGGUCUCUUCCUCCCUUUCACCUUCAUCAUCCUUGCUGCCCGUGCCCACGGCGUGCCCAACUCCCUGGCCAAAUAUCUGGUUGCGAUCCUCAACGCCGCCAGCACAUUCGGACGCACAAUCCCGCCAUUCUUCGCUGAUCGGAUCGGCCGCUUCACGGUCUUCAUCGGUGUAACUCUCUUGUCGUCCCUCAUCACCCUCUGCCUCUGGGUCCCUGCUUCCGGCACGGCCGCCACUGUCGUCUUCGUGCUCAUCUUUGGGUUCAGCUCCGGGGCAGCAGCCAGUAUCCUGCCCAGCUGCGUGGCGCAGAUCAGUCAUAUCAGUCAGAUAGGGGUGCGGACGGGGUGUUUGUUCAGUGUGGUUGCGGUGGCGGUGCUGAUUGGAUCCCCCAUCGGUGGGCAGCUGAUCACGAACGAUGGGUACAAGAGUAUGGAAGGAUUCAGUGGUGCUAUGAUGGCAGGAGGCUUUGUGGUUUUUACCCUGCUUUGGCUUAAGUUGGGUGGUUUGAAAGGCAAUAAAGUGUAG